AUGCAGUCCAAUGAGGCUCCUGUUUCCAUGGAAGUCGAAGCAGUUCCAUCUGAACCAAGUUCAGCAUCUGCGGCUUUGCCACCAAAGCCAAUUUUUGAGCCUUUGAAGGCUCAUGAGAUGUCAGAUGGUCGAGUGCAGUUCCGGAAAGUCUCUGUUCCGCCACAUCGAUAUUCGCCUCUCAAGAAAGUAUGGAUGGACAUAUACACCCCAGUAUACGAGCAGAUGAAGAUAGACAUUCGUAUGAAUCUCAAGGGUCGCAAAGUUGAGUUAAAGACUAGAGCUGACACACCUGACGUGAGUAAUCUACAGAAGUGCUCUGAUUUUGUUCAGGCUUUCAUGCUGGGGUUUGAUGUCAUAGAUGCAAUUGCCCUUUUGCGUAUGGAUGAGCUGUAUGUGGAGUCUUUUGAGAUCAAGGAUGUUAAAACACUUCGUGGGGAGCACUUGUCUCGUGCUAUAGGAAGACUGUCCGGUAAAGGUGGUAAAACAAAGUUUGCCAUCGAGAAUGCUACAAAGACGAGGAUUGUGAUUGCUGAUACCAAGAUUCACAUACUAGGCUCUUUUGCAAAUAUUAAAGUUGCAAGGGAUUCUCUUUGCAGCCUUAUCUUGGGGUCCCCUGCUGGAAAAGUGUAUUCAAAAUUAAGAGCAGUUACUGCUAGAUUGGCAGAAAGUUUUGAGUCUUCGGAGGAUGUGUGUGGCUCUACAAAGGUUCUAGCAGAUGCAGCAUCUGGUUCCUUGCCACCCAAGUCAAAGUUUGCACCUUUGAAGGCUCGUGAGAUGUCAUAUGGCGAAAUUCAGUUCCGGGAAGUCUAUGUUCCACCACAUUGUUUCUUGCCUCUCAAGUAA